AUGGCACAAGCUGUGAAGGAUAGCUUCUUGGACCUGGAGAGGCAUCGUCAGCUGCUCGAAGAGAAUAUCGAGAAGCUACGGAAAUCUCUGCUCCACUGGCAGAUCUGGGAGGCUGAAUAUGAAGGACUCAAGGAAGAGAUUCUAUCUGCGAAGAGCACCCCAACUCGAGAAGAACUUCUGGCUAUUGGUCGUGAAUACGAAGGAGAACUGGUCACACAGAAGGAACUUGAGGAUAUCUUGGGCACGAAGGAAGCACGGUCUGCAGGGCAGGUGGUGAACUUAUUGGAUCGCCGAAUAGACUACGUCGAGCAGAAUGUCCGAACCAUUCAGAGACAGAUUGAGACAGCAGAAGGCAAACUGGCGGCUGCCAGUAUCAUCAGUACACCAGAAGUGCGAAACGAGGAAGGUCUUCCUCUGACAGAGAUCAUGGAGGAACUUGAUGAGGAGGGAAAUGUCUUAUCAAGCCAGUUGUCUACGCCAGGCAGUAUGAAGCCACAGCUUCUGGAAGCACUGAAAAAGGCCGGUGUAAAAGACCUGCCAUCAGACACGGGAUCUGAACCCAUUUCCGAUGAUGCAGAGCCGGCAGCGUCUCAAGAGAAUACCGCCGAACAUUCGAGCAAGCCAACAAAGUCUGUGAAGAAGGGUGUCAGUUUUGCUGAAGACACAAAGCCCGGUCCAGAGCCGGAGAAGUCGAAGACAGCGAAGCGCCUCGAAGAUAUAAUGAAGAUCGCAAAGCAGCAAGAAACUCCUCCCACUGACCCUCCGAUUAUACCAGCCAACGAGACUGCAGAGGAUGCCGCCCUUCGUCGAGAAAUGCUGCAAUACGGGAUGUCCGAAAUCGGAGCUGUUGUUGCAGAGCUGGAUCUUGAAGAGGGAAGCGAUUGGGACGAUGAUGAUUACGAUGAGACGAGCAGUUUCGACGACGAAGACGCUUUUGGCAGAUCUACUGGAAAGCUUGUUGACGAAGAAAUAAGACAGCAAAUGAUAGAACUGGAAGAGCGGCUUGGCGUUAGAGCAAUGCAUAAUGUUGGUAAAGAGGCCGGAGAAUACGACGUUGUCCAAGAAGGUAUCGGUCGCAUUGUAAUCAGCGGCAGUGAAAGCGGUGCUACUCCAGCAGACUCGGCAGGGACAAAUACUGUCACAAACACGGACGACCAGUCCCCUACAACAUCAUCCAAAAAGUCCGUGAGAUUCUCCGAGAACUUGGAUAUUUCGCCCCCUCCGUCAGCACCAGUGUCUUCUCCGCCGGUCAAGAAACAAAUAAUAGCAGCGCCGAUCGGUGAUAUUAUUGAACGCAAGACUCCCGCAGAACCAGCAGCUCCUGCGCCUCAGAAGAAGGCAUCUCGAUUCAAGUCUGUUAGAACUGCUACAUCCCACGUCCUCAACGGUCCUCUUGCAUCUGCCUCCCCAUCCACAACAUUGCCUCUACACGCUGCCAAGCCAUCCACUCCAAAACCUUUCUCGACAACCAUCCAAUUCAGCCCAGCGGAAGAUGCAAGUCGGACAGUACCCACGGGUCCGGAAGGCAAGGUGAUCGCACCUACGAUCAUUGAACGCGAGACAUUGAACAACGUUUCUCCUGCAGAGCCAGACGAAUUCGACCCGCAUUUGCUCCACCAAGAAGUUGCCACAGAAUAUCACAAAAUGCGUAACAGGAUGAUCCAGAAGCAGGGUGGGUUCAUGAAGGAAGACGAGAGCGAGAUCGUACCCUUCACUGAGGAAGAGGGUGGGCCGAAGAAAGUCAGUAGGUUCAAGGCCGCAAGGUUGGCUAAGUCGUAG